AUGCAGAGGCAUAAGUUGUCCGGCCUUGCAGGCUGGAGGAACCAUUUCCCUUGCCAGAAAUCCCAGGCAUCUGUACAAGAAAGGCAAAAGAGAAAUACGAGGCCAUGCUCUGACAGCAUCACUAAUCCAAAUUAG